GAGAGAAACGGCUGCAAUGGUUGUGUCGAAGAUAUUUUGGGCGUAAAUUCUACAAGUAAAAGCACAAGCGAUGAGUUGGAAUCAUUAAAAUUGAUGCGCAAUAAUGUUUUUUCUGAAAAGUUGCAGCGUACUUUUAUUUUGAAAUCCUCUACUGGUAAUAUCAAGGAUUCUUUCAAAACUACAGAAACAAACCAACCCACUACUGCAAAGAUGAUGGCAGCUACAGCGCGCACCGAUGUUGAAUUUCAAGAGGCACAAGAAAAUAAGAAAACUUGUAAUUUCAAUCAAAGUCAUCGUUAUCAAUCUCGCGUUCACGUCUCCUCUGAUAGUCUCUGUGUUGGAGGCGAUUCAAAAGCGAAGACGAGCUGUACUGAAGCUGAAGACGUAACAAUAGUAGAAGAAUUCACUAGCUGCCAAUCACAUGAACCAACUUCUCCUUCGAGGAUGAUUCAACAAUUUCAAAAUCUUUCUCACCUUUGUACCGAUGGAAAAUCACUUCCAAACGAUCAUUGUGUUUUCACUCCUGACAAUAGUGCAAUUGGCAAAAUAGAAAGCUUGCGUUAUACAAAAGCAGUGGUGGAAAAAUGCCCAGAAAUGAGAAAUUAUUUGGGCCAAAAUUGCAUGGUUAAUUUGAAUAACAAAAACUUGCUGAAAUCGUGCCACAGCCAGACGAGUUCCAGUUCAAAUACCAAAAAUGUAGCAUGUGUCGUGCAGUGUCUACAAAGAAAACCAAGUGAUCCACAAAAUGGCCGAAGUAACGUGUCUUUUGCUUUGAGCGACCAGCAGGUUUAUUCUACUUUAUUGGACAAAAAAGUGAAAUCUAAAAGAAUUCGAAGAUCCACGAGGCGGUCCUAUCCAACGCCUUCCUCAGACUCCUCCGCCAAAUCCUCAGAUGAUGAAACGAUGAUUGAAACAAGACUUGACGGCAAAAACGCUGUUGAAAAGGCAAAAUUUAAGAUGCUUUCACCUGAAUUUCAAGCUAAAACGAAGCCAAGCUGUAGCCAGAAGAGGCAUUCGCUCUCACCCAAAGCUUUACAACUAAAGACAAUGCAAAACGUAAACUGUGAUCGACGUCGUACUGUGGAUUCGCCAAUGCAUUUUGCCUCUAGCGAUAUCAAUCCUUUUGUUCACCAAUGGCAAGAGGAUGAAAUGAACGACAGCUAUAAAACACCGGUAUUCGGGAGCGCGGCUAAUCUCUCGUGCAAGUCUCCGCUUUUAAACAGUGCGGAGAAGCGUAUUACCAGAUGCUUAAGUGUGGACAACGGUUUGGAUCGGCAAAACUCACCGUUCAAUUCGCAUCUAAGCACAUACGCGACCAACAAGGGACUGUCCAGUACUCUUAGCAGCGUGGAAGACUAUAGACAGCCAUCGCAACAGACCGGGGAGGAUAUCCACGCACAUUUGGCCAGUCUUAAAAUCAACACCACAUCUUCGAGUAAAAAUGGACCAGUACAAAAUAACUCCAGUCAUGAUGAAAUAAUGUUUGUUUAUUCUUCUGAACAGGAGUCCCAAGCAAGAACUAAAUCCCAAAGACGCCGGACUUGUGAGCACAGCACUCAAACUGACAAACAAGCAAAUUCGGAUAGCAAUAACAACAGCCUUAAGAGGAAGAGUAGACACCAGAGGAGCUAUACAGACGGACCGGCGACGCAGCGAAGCAAAAUAAAUAUUAAAGAUUCAUCAACUUGGGCUAGCAUGGAAAGCAUGUCCGCGCAUAUUACCAAAUUGAUUGACAGCACCUCAGACCUGUUAGGAGACGUUCAAGGCAUGAGAAAUGGUGAAAUUCGUAAGAUAAAUUUGAAUAAAAGUGGGAAUUUGGCAAAUGUUAGUCACAGGUUAAUGGAGUUGAAAGAUACGAAAGAUAACGCGACACAAACCGCGCUUAACGUCGCUAUUCAAACAGAGGAGAAUGAAAAAAAAUCCCAUUCCCACGUCAAUGUUAUCGUCGAAGUGAUUGGUUCGAAGGUGAUUGCUGUAUCGCCUGACAAUAAUCUAGUUCGUAUAGAUAACAGGACUUCAAAUAUGUCAAAAAUAGAGAUCAAAUCCGCCGGGAUGGAAAGAUUCGAAUCACAAAUGGACGAGCGUGGACCUGUACCGACCCCUGCUAUAAAAACUACAAGCUCUGAAUGUCAAACGUGUCGGAAAUCGUCUUCCUCUAAAAGCUCAAAGCCGCUAAGUCCGCCCGAGGCACUGAGCCACAAAAGUGCUCCCGGAACAACAGCACAAAAUCAGAGCUAUUCUCCAAAGAGUGACCUAUUGUGCAGUUCAAAGCAGAAGGCCACUUACAUAGACCGUGCGUUAUCUCCAAUUCUCACAGUGGGAACGCGAUUAUCAGUAAAGCACAAAGCAGAAGUGUCCAUUGAGAGACACCGGGUCAGAAAUACAAGCUAUAAAACCGUGGAAUCAAGAAAAAUGAAAUCGGAGGAUACGAAAGAUUGCGAGCUGUCAUCAAAUGUAACUUAUGAAUCACUCGAGAAUGAAACAACUUCAAAUUUAUCAGGUAAAAGUCCAAAUUCAACACUGGAUAGAGAUUUAGACAGUAACUGGAAACAAGAUACAGACAAAAGGGUCAACCAAAUGCAACCGAGCUCUUUUCAAAGGACUUAUAAAAGAGAAACUAUUGAUGCUAUGCAAAUAAAAACUAUGCAGGAUUAUAAUUCUCGUGUUGAAUCAGACUGUGACGUACAGAAACAGCUAGAUCUAAAAUUUUACAUUGGGGAAUUAAAUGACAAAACUGAGCAAGAUACAGUGUCUCUCGCUCCAAGUGAAUGCAAUACAGAUAUUCUUGUUAAUACUGAACCAAUGAGGGUCGUAUCCCCAAUUCACGAUUCCCAAAGACUUCCAGAAGACUUACCUAUGCACAAUAAGUUCAAAAACUGGUCUGGCAUCAACCACUGUCAACCAAAACAGUCAAGUAUUCCCCAUAAACCACAAUUAAAGGAUUUAGAAAAGAGGAAAGAUAUAGAUCCGUAUGGGACCAGUUUGGAGAUUACACAAAGUGAUAGAAAAUUGAGAGAGAUACACAGAUUGCGACAGGAGCGGGAGGAGGUGAUGGCUACAGUGAGUCUGAGCGUGAACCCAGCCCCGCUCACGAUGGAGCUGACAGAGGCGAAACUACAUUACGGCCUGGGACAAACGGACACGCUGCUGAAGAUGCUGUCUCCAGGAUCCAAAGAGAGAGAGGAGUCCACACGUCCAGCACCCAUCAAACAAGUGCUUUAUAAUGAACAUUGUAAAAGCAUUGACGGUCUGAGGCGGGAGAGGGAGGAGCGUCUCCACGGUUUCCGCCGCACCCGUAGUUUGAGUCCCAGUAAAAUCCUUCAGAGUCCAGACAGUCCCGCCUUCGAAACCUCUUCUGCCCCCAACAAACGCAAAGACUACCGGCAACAGCGCCAUCAACAGGACAUCCACAGCACCAGCCCCCCUGACCCGGGCCUGGGGCAGAGCCGGUGCCCCUCUGACAUCGAGCAGCUGCUGCGGGACUACAGCCGGGCACGGGAGGAAGCGAGGGAGGAGAUCGCUAAAGCCCGAGAGCGUCUGCGAGAGAGAACGGAGCAGGAGAAGAGGAGGAUACAACAGCAGGCUAUGUCCCAGGACUGUAAGGACGACCUGAGGCAUCGGACCAGAGUCAGUAACAGCACGUUAUGCACCGGCUCCAGUCUGAGCCUUUCCUCUGGGCCCACCUCUGGGUACAACAGCGGCAACACUCACCUCCAGCUCAGCAACACAUCUAUACACGCACAGAUGAGUUUGUCCCAGGAGGAAGAACAGAAGAUCAGGGACCGUCCGACUAUUUGUGGUGCGCAAAGUGUGAAGAACCAAAGAGCCUGGCUUUCUGCACAAGAUGUCCGCCUUGACCUUCCCGUGUCAGGAUUUGAGCCCAUAAUGACCUCCUCUCCAUCGUUCCACUCUUUCACGCGACACCGAGCUUCAUCCUUCGGCUCCUCUUCUUCAAUCUCCACCAACAACUAUCAGGACAUCACCUCGUCUCUCCACGCCCGAGCUCUGGCUGAGGUGCGACUUGCAUCUGCAGGAGAUCUUGGUAAUUUACUGACUGGAAAGGCCACAGCAGGCUGGAGGUAUGAAGGAGAGGAGAGAGGCGUCCAUGCGUACUACAGACCCUCCUCCAGCCCCUCUGUCCACAGCUUUUUGGGGGCAGCCGACCUGAACAGACCCCUGGAAACCCUCUGGACUGUGAUAAACCAAGUGUCCAAAUGCCACAUGUUUAACCAGUCGAUUGGUUCUGUGUGGACUCGACCACUAGAUGACAGCACUCAGCUGGUGUACAUACUCAGUGAUCCGUCCCGGUGCCACGUCAGCCAGCCCAGGGACUUCUGCUGCAUCAGCGCUGCAGUUAAACAGGGCGGGCUGAACAUAUUGGCUAUGCAGUCUGUGUUUGAGGAGUCUUUGCCCCGUCCCAGUGUGGAGGCGGUGAGGGGGGAGAUGAUGCCCAGCUGUUGGAUACUACAACCGGGACAGGGAGUUACGAGGGUGGUCUUUCUUCUGCAGGUGGACCUCGGAGCUCCUUCCUUCCCACAGCGAUUGUUGAACACAGUUGUAAGAAAACAGGCAGCUGUCAUCGCCGACCUUGAUGCUUUUGUUGCUUCGUAAAUCCGCAGAACCACUCACAAAAGCAGAGAGCACUUAGAACGAGCUGUGUCCAACACGGAUUCAGAUUGUCUUUUAUUUGCACCAGAAAAUAUAUUAUUACUUGACUAUUUUUUACACAACGCACUGUAAUUAAUGUCCAGGCAGCAGGAGAUGUUUUCUAAAUGAAAGCAAUUAUUUUUUAUAUCAUUAUUGUAUAUUUUUAUUUUUGUAAAUUUACGAAAUGCUUUCAACAAUCUUAUUUACACCAAAGAUCCAUGUCAGACAGUAGCAUCAUUGAGCAGUUACAUUAGUGAGACUGGGAAGCUAAAUAUUUUGAAAAUGUUUUGACGUUCUCAUUUUUAAUUUAUACUGUAACAAAACUGCUCUGUAGCCAAUAUUUUUAUAGUGAAUAAACCUCUGUAGUCCCUUAUAUGGGCUUGAAAAUUUAAAAUAUAUAUAUAAAUUUACAGAAAAAACAGGAACUCUAAGCAUUGGAAUUAUAACACCAAAAUCCUAAGGCAAGCUAUUUCUCUUUAUAGUAGAGGAAGUUAAAUCUUAGUUAUUUUGACUUCUGAAUCUUGAGUGUCCUAAACUAUACUAGGAAAAAAACUGCAUAAACUGACAUAUUUAGUGAGUGUGUUUUCUCCAAACAUCAUUUAACCACUGCAAUGUUUAUGUUUUUUGUAGCAGACUGUUGGCACUAAGAGACGUUAAUGUAAGCUAAAGUAAAUGGUGCAAAUUGUAAAAUUUUUUUACAAAACUGUUAGAUUUUUUUUAUGUUUUUUAUUCAAGCUUAAAUAACAAAUAAAUGCAUUUUUUUUUUAUUUUAUUUAACUAAUAACACUUUCUAGUCCUGGGUUUUCUAGUUCUAAGAUAAAUGCUCUUUUGAUGACAUUUACUACUUUACUAUAGUUUACAUCGGCCAAAAAUCUACUGAAAUUAAUUAUUAUUUUAAUGAACAAAGUCAGACAAUUUGGUUAAUUAUCUUAAAAUGAUUUAGAAUUCAUUUGACAACAUUUAAGGAAGCACUUGUAGAUGAGAGCCUUUUUCUUUCCUCACUACAGUAAAUACAGUAAACUACAGUAAAACUACAGUACUUUUCACCUUAUUCCAGAAGUUGCAGAAAUAAGGUCAAUACCCCUGUCACGCACAUGUCUAACCUACUCAAACUUGGACCAAAACAUGGGUGCAGCUUUACACUAAAGUUCUGUUACACUAUGGUACCCCAAAUCUGCAUUUCAUGUUUUCCUAUUUAUUGUUCAUGUCUCUUGAAAAGUUAAUGAAUGUCUUUGGUUUUGGAUUUUUACUUUUUGAUGUUAGCAUUUUUAUAUUUUGAUUUAUUUUUGUUUUGUAACGUGUGAAACUAUGCAGAAGAUGGUCAUAGCAGUGUCAGCUCUUAUUUAAAACUGGACGGAGCUCAGCCACAUUAUAAGCCAUAAAAUUUACUUUACAAAGCCCCACAUGAAGGACAACACAACGUUUUUGGACUUAUUUUUAAUAUCUAGUCUAGUUAAGUAUAAUUGUAUCGUAUUUAUGUUUUGAAAUACGUGCUGUAAAUAUAUUUUUGAUACACGUUCGCUGAUGCUAAUAAGAAUUGUCUGUGCUUUUGUGUGUGUUUUUUUAAUAAACAAAAUAUUCAAUU